UGUUUCCGUCCUCUCAAUGCCCAUUCUGUUUAGGUUCCUGACUCUGUGGGUUCUUUCCUGCUGAAGACAAUUCCCUUCCUGUCCCAGCCUAGGGUUAGGGGGCUGAGCCCCAGGCUCUGGAGGUUUGGGCCUCGGCCCCAUGGGUAGAACUGGCCUGCCACCCCCGGACUAGACGAGGGGGCUGAGGGUCAGGUUGGACAUGUGUCACGCCCCUUGACCUUUGUAGGCCAGGGCUGGGUGAGGGGCUGUACAGUCAGCCUCCCUUUGCCUGGGAGGAAGAAUUUGGACGGAGACAAUAGGGCCCUGUCUGUUCUGGCGUGGGGGUGGUGCCCCCCCAACCCCCAAUAAAUGCCAUCAAGAGACGGAGGCACUUUCCCCUGGUGCCUUGGGCGCCCCUGCCCUUCUGUAACUGCUUUCUUUCCUCAGCGGAUCUUGCCUGCUCGGCCGUGACCUGCCCUUGCUUCAGCUCUGCCCUUUCCCCGUCCUCACAUUCCCCCAGUCUGUUAGGUUGAAGGGGGUGGGUGUUGGUUGCUAUGAGAGCCAGGGACUUCUGAUUUGGGGGCCCUCUAAGGCUGUGCAGGUCCUUCUAAGCAGCCCUUGGCUGAAGAGAGGGCGAGGAAGACAGGACCAGCCUGAGACUGGGAGUCUUGUGGGAGGGGGCAGGAGAGGGAGGCUGCUGUCUGGGCCCGCCCUUUGCCCACUCCAGUCUGAGCGGCUGCUGCUGGGCUCUCUGCGCUGCUGUCUCCCUGGACGGGAAAACAGCCCACAGAGUCUGGAAGAGCCAUGGGGCUCAGGGCUGAGCUGUGUGCUUUCCUGACUGGACUUUCGUUCCUCCUGCUCCUGAUGUCAGGCCAGGGGGCCAGAGGAGGAUCUUUCAGACACAGUUCGGGUGUCUGCUCCAACCGGACCCUGGUGGUUCCGCUGCGUUACAACGAGUCCUACAGCCAACCGGUCUACAAGCCCUACCUGACCUUGUGUGCUGGGAGACGCAUCUGCAGCACCUACCGGACCACUUACCGCGUGGCCUGGAGGGAGGUGAGGCGGGAGGUACAGCAGACACACGUGGUGUGCUGCCAGGGCUGGAAGAAGCCACAUCCAGGAGCUCUCACCUGUGAAGCCAUCUGCUCCAAGCCUUGUCUUAACGGAGGUGUCUGCACCGGACCGGACCAGUGCGAGUGCGCCCCCGGCUGGGCAGGGAAGCACUGCCGCGUGGACGUGGAUGAGUGCAGGACCAGCCUUACCCUCUGUUCUCACGGCUGUCAGAACACCCUGGGCAGCUUCACGUGCAGCUGUCCGCACCCCCUGGUUCUGGGUCCGGACGGACGCGCCUGUGCAGGGGGGCCUCUAGAAUCCUCAACAAGUGCCAGCAUCCUCAGCGUGGCAGUUCGGGAAGCGGAACGUGAGGAGCGAACCCUGAGGUGGGAGGUCGCAGAGCUGCGUGGGCGCCUGGAGCGGCUGGAGCAGUGGGCCACACAGGCUGGGGCCUGGGUCCGAGCAGUGCUGCCCAUGCCGCCUGAAGAGCUGCAGCCAGAAAAGGUGGCUGAGCUUUGGGGCCGGGGUGACAGGAUCGAGUCCCUCAGUGACCAGGUGCUGCUGCUUGAGGAGAAGCUGGGUGCCUGUGCCUGUGAGGACAACAGCCUGAACUAGGGGCCUGUGAGGACAACAGCCUGGACUGGGGGCCUGUGAGGACAACAGCCUGGGCCCAGGCCUCCAUGGUUGAGAAGAACUCCCGCAGCAGC